AUGAAGAGUACUGUGUUGCUGUUAGUGGCUGUGGGCUUCUGUGUGUGUGAACCCCAUACUGACUGUGGAGGAGAGUCUUCCAGCAGCUGUGCUCUGUCCUCCGUUACUCAAAGCAUUGCCAUGGUGAUGGAGAAGGUGAAGGUUCUGGAGACCAGACUGGAGAAGAGCCAGAAGGACGUGGAGGAGCUGAGAGGCCUUAUCGGAGGUCGACCUCAGGUGGCCUUCUCUGCCGCCCUCAGGGACUCUGGUUCUGGAGACAUUGGACCCUUCACUGUGUCCACCCCUCUCAAAUACAAGAAGGUAUUCUCUAACACUGGCAACAGCUACAAUCCGUCCACAGGUGUGUUCACAGCGUUGGUCAAAGGCAUGUAUUUCUUCCAAUUCUCCAUGUUCAACAAUCUGAAAUCGCCUCCCAACUCAGUCGUGAGCCUGAUGAAGAACAGUGAGCGGCUCGUGUCUGUCUGGGAGACUACAGGGUCAGACUCCAAUGACAUGGGCAGUAACGCUGUGGUGAUCACCCUGGAAAUCGGAGACCAUGUUUACGCAGAACUCUUGCCCAUCCCUGGCCUAUACUACAGGAUCGUCUAUGAUGACAGCAUGAACUACAACACCUUCAGUGGUUUCCUGCUCUUCACCAUGUAA